AUGGCAAAUGUCCGUAGAUUAUUAUCCGCUGAGGAAGUCAUGAGAGAAGCGGAAGCAAGGUUCAUUCGUUUCUCUUCCCAAAACUGUAUUGAUGAUCAUCAAUUUCACUCCAUGCCUAACCAUGUUUUCAGCAGUGCUCCGUUUGGUCUCUCCUGCCAAGAAACCAAAGAUGUCGAACUUGCAUGUCUUCUUUUAGCUUCAGCCGAGAAGGUUUCCAAGCAAGAGUUUGAUGAAGGAAGCAGACUGCUAAAGCUAUGUGAUUUCUUGUCCUCCAGGACAGGAACUUCGGUUCAAAGAACCGUUCAUUAUUUUGCCAAAGCUCUCCAAGAGAGGAUUGAUAGACAAACGGGGAGAACUGCAGUGAAAGGCUUAAACAGUAAUGAAGAACAUGCAUCUCAUCAUGAAGAGAAGGAGUAUGGAAAUCCUACUCUCAUCUCAUGUUAUCUUCAGCUUCCCUUCAGUCAAGUUACUCAAUUUGCAGGAAUCCAGGCAAUGGUAGAAAGUGUGGCUUCUGCCAAAAAGAUUCACUACAUUGACCUUGCAAUCAGAAAUGGUUUACAGAGUAUAGUGUUGAUGCAAGCUCUUGCCACUCGUGAGGAAUUCCCAGUUGAGAUUCUUAAAAUAACCGCUGUUGGAACAACUUCAGGAAACAAAAUUGAGGAGACAGGUAACAGACUUGCCCGUUUUGCAGAGACUUUAAACUUGCCAUUUUCAUUCAAAACAGUUAUGGUGAGAGACAUCAAAGAUCUAAACAAAGACAUGUUUGAGACAGAGGCUGAUGAAGUUGUUGCUGUCAAUUCCCGGUUUCUGCUCAAUAAUAUGAUAACGAAGCCUGUUUGCCUGGAAUCACUGAUCAAAGUGCUUAGAGAUCUCAAUCCAUGUGUGAUGGUGAUCUCAGAAGUUGAAGCAGAUCACAAUUCACCAACUUUCUUGGGCCGUUUCCAGGAAGCACUGUUGUUCUACAGUGCUUUUUUUGAAAGCCUUGAAGUUUGUAUGGAUCAAAAUAAUAGGAUGACAUUGGAAGCGGCAUACUCGGGUCAGGAGAUACUAAACAUUGUUGCAACGGAGGGUGAGGAUAGAGUUUUCAGGCGCAUGAAGAUUGAUGCUUGGAGGGUCUUUUUUGAAAGAUUUGGUAUGGUGGAACAAGAGCUUAGCACGUCUUCUUUGUAUCAGGCGCAAUUGUUGGUGAAGAACUUUGCUUGUGGGAGCUCUUGCACACUCGAUAUGAAUGGGAAAUGCCUAACUGUUGGGUGGAAGGGAAGGCCAAUUCUUUCGCUUUCAUCCUGGAAGUUCCACCAAGGAAAGUCCCAGAAAAGGAUUUGCAGUAUGCUCUCUGAAUCUCUUGUUUCAUAA